CUAAAAGUAUAAUUCAGACAGAUCGACAGCUUUGUCACUUUAGAGCGUUUUCCAUAAAUGGUAGAAUUUGCUGAAAUUUGAUACUUUAUUAGUAUGUGUAUAUUCAAAUCAAACAUAUGAUCUGUCAGAAAUAUUUGCAACAACAUGCUCCAGAGCAUUUUACCAGUCGACUGUAAAGUAGCUGAUGUGGUUCUAUUGCAAAAAAUUACAAAUAGUACAGAUGAAUACAGAUGCAUAUCUAGCGAAGACGUAGAAAUUUUCCAAUUGGGAGAUGCUAUGAAGAAUGAAAACUUGGCUGAUGUUUCUCUUUGCGGGUUGGAUCCCAAUCGACAUCAGGUUUUUGCUGCUGCUUAUGGGGAGGGUGAUAAAUUCCAUCAAAUCAGACGAUGCUCUACUAAAGAGUACUAUACCUUAACAGGGUCUAUAAGACACGCAAAGAGAGAAACAAAAAGAAUGUCUCGAGAAAAUAUAGAGGAUAUACUUCUCAACAUUCCUACAACCAAGACAGCUGUUCUUUCAAACUAUUUGCAGUACAUAAUUUAUAUCCUCUUACAUCUAAACAGAAUACUAGCAUUUAACAACUUCUCAACUGCUGAAAGUCGCUUUCACCUAUACCAGAGAGUUCAAAGGGCCAGACAAGAAAUGGCCAAUGUUCUCAUUAAUGGUGGAAAAAAAUACAAUAAGGCCAAAAGAAAGAACACAAAGAAGAAGAGGAAGAAGAGGAAGAAAAGAAAGAAAAGAAAGAAGAGGAGAGACAAAGAAGCGAAAAAAAAGACAAAGAAGUUCCUCAGUAGACAAAGUGAGUAUUCUAGCAUCAAAGCAGAGAGACAAACACUAUAUUCAUUAACUAUUAUUUUAGGAACACCAAGAAGCUUUGGAAG